AAGGCCUAUCUCAUGCGCACACAAAUAUGUUAAAAGCAACUGGUCUCUUCACACACAAAGUAGGAACCAAAUGUUUGGUCAAAAGUCAAAAUAGGGGCGUUUUGGUCAUUUCGGUACAAAUCAAUGGGUGGUGGGAUUAGAGAGAUUAUUUACAGAGAGCAUCAGAUUUUCUCAGAAAGAAGCAAUAAUCUCUUCUUUUUGAAACAGUCAGCAUCAAACCAACUCCCUCCCCCCUUUUAAAAAAAGGCCAAGUCCAGAAACAAGUAUCUCAGCAAUGGAAUAUACUGACCAAAUUUCAUCACCACCACCACCACCAUCAUCCAACUCUGAGCUUUCGUACCCGCCAUGGCUGCGAGAUCCUCUCCAUCGACAAACAUUUACCAUCUUUUCUCAUUGAUCGCGGCCAUUCUUUAAUCAGUACCAUGGUGUUUUUCAGAUUUUCUAUCUGUUUCCACUGCUUACUGUACUCCCCUUGUCCACAGGCACAACCUGUGUUGCAGAGAUUCUUCAAAUAAGUGCAUUUCACAUGCCCGUUGGGAUGUUCUUGACACAAAAUUCCUUGUAAAAUUUGAAGAAGAUGGUGUUUCCCCAUUCCCGACCUUGUCUCUGUGCAACUUAGGGCACAUCGAUUAAUCCUUAACACCGAUCCUCCUCCAAGUAGGCCCAAAGCCCUGCAAGACGAGUUGUCGGGAUUUGGAGGGAAGAUGGAAGAGGGGGUGAUUGUUGAUGAGGAAGGGCUAGAUGUUAUUUAUUGGAGAAUUUUGGAAAAUGGAAAUGCCACCAGAGAGAGUUUGGAAGCACGAGCUUUCAGCAACGGCAGUGAUGAUAGACAAGGCCAGGCAUCAUCCCCUGCCUGGCCCAAUGCACAAAACCAGCCGCUGACUUGGCCUCCUCUGCCACCAGAGCUUGUAAAAAAGAAGAGUCUUCCACCACCCCAACCACCGAAUCCUGGCGGUUUGGUUGAGUCAUUAACAAGUCAAAAUCCAGGAAAUGGAAAACAUGUGAGCUUGGAGCCUUUGCGUUGUGGUAAAGCUGUUGCUAAUGCGAAUCAUUCCAUGACCCGGAACAAAACUGAUGAUGAAUCCUUCAGCUUCAAGUGAGUAUUUUUUUGCAGUCUUUGUCUUUUGUUCACUAAAGGUGAAAUCUUUAUAAUCCCUUACCAUAUACUUUGCGAUUCAGCUUUGACGGUGAUCUUAUGGAAGCACUCUUUGGAUAUGUUGCUACAAACAGAAAAUCACCGAAAGGGGAGAGAAAAACAGGCCCAAUCCCUCAGAUUUUCAUUCUUGAAACACAGAAAUCGCAGGAUAUAGCAAUUGUUCUCAAGUCCCUUAGGAUUACCCGCAGAGAGAUUAUUGACACGCUGAAUGAAGGAGAAGGUCUUAAUGCAGAAACUCUGGAGAAGCUCUGCAGAGUGACUCCAACUAGAGAAGAAGAAUCAGAAAUCCUUGGUUUUGCAGGAGACCCAACAAGACUAGCCAAUGCUGAAUCCUUCCUCUUCCAUAUCCUCAAAUCCAUUCCAUCUGCCUUCUCUCGUUUCAAUGCAAUGCUUUUCAGAUCAAACUACACCCCAGAGAUAGGCCGACUUAACGAGUCUUUACUGACACUGGAACAGGCUUGCGAUGAGCUUAGAGGUCAAAGACUUCUCAUGAAACUGGCAGAUGCCGUUUUGAAAGCUGGGAACAGAAUGAACGAGGGCAUUUCAAGAGGAGAUGCACAAGCUUUUGGCCUAACAGCUCUCACGAAGCUUUCUGAUGUGAAGAGUAUUGAUGGGAAGACUACAUUGCUUCACUUUGUCGUCCAUGAGGUGGUGAGAGCAGAGGGAAAACGAUGUGUUUCCAACCGUGAUCUCAAUCUAAGUAAAAAUGACAGCCAAACCAGCAGUACUGCAUGUUUGCAUUAUGAAAAAGAGAAGGAUUACAUCAUGCUUGGCUUACCUGUAGUUGGCGGCCUAAGCUCCGAGUUCACCAAUGCUAAAAAGGCUGCCAUGAUAGACUGUGAUGCUCUUUCUACAACAUGUUCAAUACUAUCGUCUCAAGCAUCUGAAAUCAGGAAAUUUGUAGCACAAUGUAGUGCCGCUGCUGGAGGACGGUUUGCAACAAAAAUGAAUGUUUUUCUAGAUAUUGCUGAACGUGAGAUAAAGGCAGCAAAGGUAGAACAUACAAGAGUCAUGGAGCUUGUGAAGAGGACAGCAGAUUACUAUCAAGCAGGAGCUUCAAACAGUAGAUCAUGGCAGCCACUUCAGCUAUUUGUUAUAACCAUGGAUUUUCUUGGAAUGGUUGAUCGGGUUUGUGUUGAGAUUGCAAGCAACCUGCAGAAUAAGAAACCAGAAGGUCCUACUGCUGGAUCAUCAUCAUUAACAGAAGAACCACAGAGGAGAGCGGUCAGGUUUCCCAAAAUUCCAGCUAAUUUCUUGUCACAGCAGUAAAAGAGCAAUCCAGCUGGUUUUAGUGAUUACACGUAAAUAGAUAGGCAGAUUAGAG